UCAUAAACAGUCUAAUCUAAAUUGUGUACAAUAUGGCAUGAAAUUAUGAGGAUUAUCUGAGGUGACAAUUAUAAGAUUAUGGAUGGCUUUCGAAAACUCAUGAUGGGAGGAAUGCGCGAAGCGCUGAGAGGAUGUUAGGAUGAUGAUCAGUCAAUCAUAAUCCGCGGCACGUCCAUAGCAGAAAACGCGCGCAACACCAUCAGAAUUCUUAAUUUAAAAUAAUUAAAUCUUGAAAACAAACGCAUUAAAAAAUAGCAAUUAUUAAUUGAGCCAGCAGACGGCGUUUGACACCCAUACAAGACCUCAAAAUGCAGACAUCGAUCGAAGGCUUAGACGGAUCUGAGGAGAAGCGUUCCGGAGGCUGCUUAAGAUGCUUGCGUUCGAAUCUUCUCACACUUCUUACGGUCGCUGGGGUGGUUCUCGGUGCUGGUUUGGGCUUCAUCCUGAAAAGCGUCAAAGAAGACUGGACCGAAAGGGAAAUUAUGUACGUGAACUUCGUCGGUGAUAUAUUCCUGCGGAUGCUCAAAGCUCUCAUUCUACCGCUCAUUAUAUCCUCGCUCAUAUCAGCCAUAGCUAACUUAGAUCUCUCAUUAUCAGGCAAAAUUGCCGCACGCGCAAUCGUUUAUUACAUGCUUACAACCGUUCUGGCUGUGAUUUUGGGAAUCAUCCUCGUCACAACUAUCCGACCUGGUGAUAACAGCGAUGAUACUACCAGCCAAAACGAAGAUGAAGUCGUGGUAGAUCCGUUCACGCAAAAAGGCACCACAGCAGACACAUUACUCGAUUUAGUUAGGAGCAUGUUUCCUCCGAAUUUGAUUGAAGCAUGCACCAAACAGCAUCGGACAUUGUUAACUCGAUCAAAAUCUACACCAGAAGAUUUACCAAUUGAACUGUGGAAAGUUGGAAGUGAAUCUGUGGAUGGAAUGAACAUUCUCGGAUUGGUCGUUUUCUCUGUGAUUUUCGGUGUAACUCUCGCUAAGAUUGGAGAGGAAGGAAGACCAUUGGCCAACUUUUUUCAAUCUCUUAUGUCUGCCAUGAUGACAAUAACGACUUGGGUCAUUUGGCUUUCGCCAGUCGGAAUAUUUUUUUUGGUUGCAUCGAAAAUACUCGAAAUGCAGGACAUUGUAGAGACCAUGAGCCAAAUGGGCAUGUAUUUCGUGACAGUUUUGGUGGGAAUUUUGAUCCACGGCUUUGUUUUCCUUCCUUUGAUAUUCUUUCUGUUCACCAAACGCAAUCCGUUGAAGUACAUCAGCAAUAUGGGUCAGGCCAUAGCCACCGCUUUCGGAACUGCCUCUAGCUCCGCUUCACUGCCUGUGACUAUACAGUGUUUAGAGAACAACAACGGAAUAAAUAAAAUCGUUUCGCGAUUUGUACUUCCUAUUGGUGCCACGAUUAACAUGGACGGAACCGCACUCUAUGAAGCUGUGGCGGCUAUUUUCAUUGCUCAAGUUAAGAAAGUAAGUUUAAGCGUGGGACAAGUUGUAGCAAUUAGUAUAACAGCUACUGCAGCCAGCAUAGGCGCAGCGGGAAUCCCCCAAGCUGGAUUAGUAACUAUGGUGAUGGUUUUGGAUACAGUUGGAUUGACCGCUAAAGAAGUGACUUUAAUUUUGGCUGUGGAUUGGUUGCUGGAUCGUUUCAGGACUGCCAUCAACGUAUUAGGUGAUUCAUUUGGCGCUGGUAUUGUCGACCAUUUGAGCCAGAAAGAGCUACAGAAUUUGCACAACAAACCAAAAGAAGCGUACGAUAACAAAUCGUUGCAACCAGAUGAACCAAUUUAAAUUUGAACAGAUUCAAAUUUAAAUUUCAAAAAUAUGUUAUAAUGACGAUGAA